AUUUGAGCCGCAUCCCACGAUUGUUGGCAAUUCUCUAUAAAUAAUUAUUUCAUUUGUAAUUUUUUUGUCUGAAGGCCCAUUAUAAUGCGAUGUGGCUCAUUUAAAACAUUGUAAUAGACCAAUGUUCAAAACCGGAUUUGACAAGAUCUGAUAACACUAUAUUCAACAAAAAUGGCGGAUGCAUGUCCAAUAAAGAAAGCAAAAUUUAACUUUGAACACUCAGGGGAGUUUGAUGAAGAUGAUGAAGUGACAUUUACCUUUCCAAAGGAGAACAAUAAACAGUUGUUCUUCUCUAAACUCAUCUUAACAAGAUCUUCAUCCGCGUUUGAAGCCAUGUUUAAACAUGAUUUCAAGGAAAGGAAGGACAAGAACGUGAUUAUUGAGGACAUCAAGAUGGAAGUGUUCAACACAUUUUUUAGAUGGUGUGAUCCAAAGCUAUCAGAACCUAUUACGGCUGAAAACGUGUUCCAGAUGGUUGAAUUCGCUGAUAAAUACCAAAUUGAGUCCAUGAUCCAACACUACAGAAGAGUUAUGCUUGAUAUUGUAAACAAAGCUUUCGAACAGGCAAAGAUGCACUUCCAUCGUUCUUCAUCGGAUGUAGAGCAGAUAGUUAUGGUAUUAUUAGUGGCCACUAAGUAUAACUACAAAGAACUGUUAGAUAGAGCAGAGGACUAUCUGGUGUGCUAUGAAGUUAAAGAACUUCUCAGCAAGGACCCUUUUGAAAAACUACCUUUAGAACUAAAAUACCGCAUUUUAUCAAGACGUAUUUCAAAAGUUUACCAAGAAGUUGGAUUUGCACAUGCGGUAAAUUAGAUUUACAUGGUCAAACAUUUGUAGAUCUAUGUUUAGAUUAACGUGAUUGAUUUGUGUUGUAUUACAGUCCAAUUUGAAGAUGAAAGAUUAAAAUUCAUACUGAUCCAAACCUACAUAUAGUUUGUUUAUAUCUUGUGGUCAUUUAUUGGCUGAAUAAUUUGACCUCCCAAUGAACCAACCCCACAUUUACUUUCGGUUUAAUCUAACACUUCAGUAAUAGUGCAAAAAUAAACAGAUGUAAAUGAAGAAGGGUUAGCAAACACAAGAUGCACUGUUCAUGUAUA